CAUCCUCCUCCCCCCCCUGCGGUGCUCGUUGGAGAGGAGUGUUCAUGCUCGGUGGUAGAGAGAGUCCUCUGAGGUGAUCUGACACACCGAGGAGGCGCAGUCAAUGAGGGAACAAACCGGAGGAGUGACCCGGCGUGUGCGCAGUCCAAAAAACGCCCUCUGAAAGCGAGGGUGACGAGAAGUAGGGGGGGGAACAAAAAAAAAAAAAAGAUAUCAUUGCACUCCCUGCUCUGACAAGGAAACCAGACUGCAAAGAUGGGGAACCGGGGGAUGGAGGAUCUGAUUCCUCUGGUGAACCGUAUGCAGGAUGCCUUCUCCGCCAUCGGACAAAACGCGAACCUGGACCUGCCGCAGAUCGCCGUGGUGGGCGGUCAGAGCGCGGGGAAGAGCUCGGUGCUGGAGAACUUCGUCGGCAAGGAUUUCCUUCCUCGGGGUUCUGGCAUCGUGACUCGUCGUCCUUUGGUUCUCCAGCUCAUGACCAGUCCCACAGAACACGCUGAGUUCCUCCACUGUAAGGGCAAAAAGUUCACAGAUUUUGACGAGGUCCGGCAGGAGAUCGAGGCAGAGACGGACCGCAUCACCGGGGCCAACAAGGGCAUCUCCGCUGUGCCCAUCAACCUGCGUGUGUACUCCCCUCAUGUGCUGAACCUGACGCUGGUGGAUCUACCGGGGAUGACCAAGGUGCCCGUGGGCGACCAGCCGGCGGACAUCGAGGCUCAGAUCAGAGAAAUGCUGAUGCAGUUUGUCACCAAAGAUAACUGCCUGAUGCUCGCCGUGUCCCCGGCCAACUCUGAUCUUGCAAACUCUGAUGCUUUAAAGAUUGCCAAAGAGGUCGACCCUCAGGGUAUGAGGACCAUCGGUGUGAUCACUAAGCUGGAUCUGAUGGACGAGGGGACAGAUGCUAAGGACAUCCUGGAGAAUAAGCUGCUUCCUCUCAGGAGGGGUUACAUCGGUGUGGUGAACAGGAGCCAGAAGGACAUCGAUGGUAAGAAGGACAUUAAUGCUGCUAUGGCUGCUGAGAGGAAGUUCUUCCUCUCCCAUCCUUCCUAUAGACACCUAGCAGACCGGAUGGGAACUCCCUACCUCCAGAAAAUCCUCAAUCAGCAACUGACCAACCACAUCAGGGACACCCUGCCUGGUCUGCGGGCCAAACUGCAGAGUCAGCUGCUCUCCAUAGAGAAGGAGGUCGAGGAGUACAAGAACUUCAGACCCGAUGAUCCGUCUCGCAAGACCAAGGCUCUGCUCCAGAUGGUGCAGCAGUUCUCUGUGGACUUUGAGAAGUGCAUAGAGGGCUCUGGAGAUCAGAUCGACACAGCCGAGCUGUCAGGAGGCGCCAAGAUCAAUCGCAUCUUCCAUGAACGCUUCCCCUUUGAGCUGGUUAAGAUGGAGUUUGAUGAGAAAGAGCUCCGCAAGGAGAUCAGCUACGCUAUCAAGAACAUUCAUGGAAUCAGAACUGGCCUCUUCACUCCGGACAUGGCCUUUGAGACCAUUGUGAAAAGGCAGAUUGGGAAGAUUAAAGAGCCGUGCACCAAAUGUGUGGACAUGGUCAUUUCUGAGCUAGUCAGUACGGUUAGGCAGUGUACCAAGAAGCUGGCCCAGUAUCCCCAGUUGAGAGAGGAGAUGGAGAGAAUUGUUACCCAACAUAUCAGGGACAGAGAAAGCCGCACAAAGGGACAGGUGUUGCUGUUGAUAGACAUUGAGUUGUCCUACAUGAACACCAACCAUGAAGACUUUAUUGGAUUUGCCAACGCUCAACAGAGGAUCAGCCAGAUGAACAAGAAGAAAGCAGCUGGAAACCAGGAUGAGAUCAUGGUGAUCAGGAAGGGCUGGCUGACCAUCAACAACAUUGGCAUCAUGAAGGGAGGAGCUAAGGAGUACUGGUUCGUCCUCACCGCCGAAUCCCUGUCCUGGUAUAAGGAUGAUGAGGAGAAGGAGAAGAAGUACAUGCUGCAAGUGGACAACCUGAGGCUGCGCGACGUGGAGAAAGGCUUUAUGUCCAGCAAGCACAUUUUUGCCCUCUUCAACACUGAACAAAGGAAUGUGUAUAAGGACUACCGUCAGCUGGAGCUGGCCUGUGAGAGUCAGGAGGACGUGGAUGCCUGGAAGGCCUCCUUCCUCAGAGCUGGAGUUUACCCAGAACGUGUCACGGACAAGGAAGGAAAGAGUGACGGCGGUGAUGAAAAUGGCUCUGACAACUUAAUGCACAGCAUGGACCCACAGCUGGAACGGCAGGUGGAGACCAUCCGUAACCUGGUCGACUCCUACAUGGCCAUCGUUAACAAAACUGUCCGCGACUUGAUGCCGAAGACCAUCAUGCACCUCAUGAUAAACAACACUAAAGAGUUCAUAAACGCCGAUCUGCUGGCCCAGCUGUACUCGUGCGGCGACCAAAACACACUGAUGGAGGAGUCUCAGGAGCAGGCCCAGCACCGUGACGAGAUGCUGAGGAUGUACCAUGCCCUGCGAGAGGCCCUUAAUAUCAUAGGUGACAUCAGCACAACUACUGUAACCACGUCCAUGCCGCCCCCUGUGGAUGACUCCUGGCUGCAGGUGCAGCGCGGCAGUUCUGGAGGAAGGUCUCCAGCCACCAGCCCUACUCCCAACCGCCGAGCUCCUCCGGGACCUCCAGGCCGCCCGGUCUCUCGUGGUCCUCCACCUGGCCCUCCUCCUGCCGGGGGGCCCCCUGUACCUUCUCGCCCAGGGGCUUCUCCAGACCCUUUCAGCGGGCCGCCACCCACUGUACCCUCCCGGCCUAACCGUGGGCCCCCAAGUGUCCCCAGAAUCACUAUCACUGACCAAUGAGGACUAACUUUUCGGUCGGAGACCCCCACCUUCUCCAACCCACUAGACCUCUGACCUCCUUCCCUCCCUGCCUGUCGCCCGUCUAAUUAUCCGAGAGACCAUGGACAACAGUGCCACCUUCCUGCCGUCCUCUACCACACCUGACCUGAGCCGGCUCCCUUCUCUUACCCCCCUUACAUUAAGUCACCUCUCUCUCUUUCCCAAUCACCCCACUCCCAAGAACCCCUACCUACACACACACACACACACACACAUACACUCACACA